AUGCAUGGCCUCAGUACGUGUUCUUCAAGCCAGGGCAAACCGAUCAUCUGCGUCUCCAUCAAUUACCGAGUCGGUAUAUUUGGCUUCCUAGCUUCUGAAAAAGGAGGUAUCAGUGGGAAUUUUGGCUUGAAAGAUCAGGUUUGUGCUUUCCAGUGGAUCAAACAACACAUCGAGGGAUUCGGAGGAUGUCCUGACUCUGUCACUGCUUUUGGGGAGUCGGCUGGCGCAAUCAGCCUGUCUACGCUCCUUGCAACAACUGAGCCGCUCUUUUCUCGGGUCAUUUUGAUGUCGGGUGAUGUAUCGCUACGGAGGCCGCGCACAGUCGCAUGGCAAGAAGCCAUGCUCUGUGAAAAUCUCCAGUAUCUGGGCCUGGGAGAUCUCCAACUAUCGGAUGCUAUCGAGAAGCUCCGUGCGAUACCAGCUGCAGAAAUUGUUCAGAUCAUUUCUCUCGUCCAACACUGGAGCCCGACUCUGGAUGAUGGGUUCCUCACCGGUUUCCGAGAAAGAGACUUUUAUAUCGAGAAUUCAUGGUGCCAACACGUUAUGAUGGGUGACAUGGCCCAUGAUGGUACAAUUUUGCGUUCACGGUAUCUGGAUAUUCCGCAAGCCUUCGAAAAGACGAUACUUGCCUGUGAUGAUCUCUUAGAAGCGAGCCAAUCUCGUCAAAUUCAAGAGGCGUAUGGUCUUGGUGCUGAUGAAAAGCAACCGGCAGCAGCUAGGGGGCUCAGAUUUCCGGGGAGCGUUCGGGUGCAAGAGUAUCAUAUGGAUCAGUCUGUUGCCCCGACUUGCGUUAAUUGUGACCGGCAGACCAAUCCUUUCGAAGGCAACUAUCACGGAUUUGCGUCUCAUGCGCUUGACCUGGGAUACUUGCUUCGCAACUUUGAUCCCUGGCUUAGUGAAGCCGGUCUCAAUUUCGGUAAAAGAAUGCUUGGGAUAUGGGUGGGCUUCGCAUAUGCGGAGGAUUCGAGGAGCGAAGCCCUUGCACUUGGGCCAGACCACGAGAUAAUCUACAGCAGUCCUGAAAAGUAUGACCAGCGGAAUCGUCAAGGAAGAGCCAAACUGCUUCUUGAAAUUGGUCUAGCUAAAUCUGUUGUUUUGGGAGAGCGGCUUCAAGGUGUUCCAAACCCCACAUUAUGA